GUGCCAGGGAGUUGUGUUCUUGGCCCUGCCUCCUUCCUCCUCCAAUCCUCAGUUUCCUCCACUCUAGAAUACAUCGCCCACCAUGCCGUGGCCCCUGCUGUUGCCCCUGCUGCUGUGGCUGGCUGUGAGCAAGGCCCAGUCCACCCGACCGUGCUUCCCUGGGUGCCAGUGUGAGGUGGAGACCUUCGGCCUCUUCGACAGCUUCAGCCUGACUCGAGUGGACUGCAGCGGGCUGGGCCCCCACAUCAUGCCUGUGCCCAUCCCCCUGGACACGGCGCAUUUGGACCUUUCCUCCAACCGGCUGGAGACGGUGAACGAGUCGGUGCUGGCAGGGCCCGGCUACACCACGCUGGCCGGCCUGGAUCUCAGCCACAACCUGCUCACCAGCAUCUCGCCCACGGCCUUCUCCCGCCUCCGCUACCUGGAGUCGCUGGACCUCAGCCACAACGGGCUGGCAGCGUUGCCCUCCGAGAGCUUCGCCAGCUCCCCGCUGAGCGACGUGAACCUCAGCCACAACCGGCUGCGCGAGGUGUCUGUGUCCGCCUUCGCCUCCCGCAGCCAGGGCCGGGCCUUGCAUGUGGACCUGUCCCACAACCUCCUGCACCGCCUUCUACGCCCUCGCGGUGCCCACCUGCCCCUGCCCACCAUUCAGAGCCUCAACCUGGCCUGGAACCGGCUACGCACUGUGCCCGACCUCCGAGACCUGCCACUGCGCUACCUGAGCCUGGAUGGGAACCCGCUGACGGCCGUGGGCCCUGGGGCCUUCCUGGGGCUGGCUGGCCUCACGCACCUGUCGCUGGGCAGCCUGCAGGGCCAUCCGCAGCUGGCACCCCAUGGCUUCCAAGGGCUGCCAGGCCUGCAGGUUCUGGACCUGUCAGGUAACCCGCAGCUCCAGUGGGCAGGGGCCGACGUGUUCUCGGGCCUGUAUUCCCUGCAGGAGCUGGACCUGACAGGCACAGGCCUGGUGCCCCUGCCCGAGACAUUGUUCCAGCACCUGCCCGCGCUGCAGAGCGUGGGUGUGGGCCAGGGAGUGCAGUGCCGGCGCCUGGUGCGGGGGGGAACUUACCCCCGGCAACCCGGCUCCAGCCCCAAGGUGGCCCUGCACUGUGUGGACACCCGGGAAUUGGCCCUCAAAAGCCCCGACAUCUUGUGACCAAAAUAGCAUGGUCUGGGGUCCCCCUCAGACCCUGGUCCUGAGUGAGUUUCCGGUUAAGUGCCAGUGCCUGAGGGACUAGGGGACUCUGUGGGCCUGGACCAACACUCCCGAUAGCAGAGUCCUCUCGGGAGCAACCCCUUGGUCUUGGUUGCUCCUAAACCAUAAGCAGAGGGUGGUUGAUGCUAAAUCAGACAGCAGGGGACUGUCCACGUGUUCCUGAAGUGCCUUCCCUCAGGCUUGGGCCCACCUGCCCCAUGCCAGGAGGUUAUGUGGGAGAAAAUGCCGCUGGCCUCAGAGGUUAGGACCUGUGCUUUCAUUUGCCACCAGUCCCCUCUGCUCUGGGCCCUGAGGUUCAUGACAUGUUUCUCCCUUUUCUUGGGAUCCUGGAUAGGACUUGAGUUAUAGGAAGCACAGUUCUCCCCCUUGUGUACAGAUGGGGAAACUGA